UGCACAGCGGCGCGAGAACUUCCGCGGCCCGCCGCGGGCCUGCGGGCGCCCAACAGACGCGCGUCAUCUUCACCGAGCGCCAUGGCCCUGACUGGCGCGCCAGAGGCGGCCGGGCUCUGCCAGCCCCUCGGCCUGCUUGUGCUUCUGCUGUUGGCGAGCCCUGCGCUGUGCUGGAAUGACCCUGACAGAAUAUUGUUGCGAGAUGUAAAAGCUCUUACUCUUUACUCUGACCGCUAUACCACCUCCCGGAGGCUGGACCCCAUCCCACAGUUGAAAUGUGUUGGAGGCACAGCUGGUUGUGAUGCCUAUACUCCAAAAGUCAUACAGUGUCAGAACAAAGGCUGGGAUGGUUAUGAUGUACAGUGGGAAUGUAAGACCGAUUUGGAUAUUGCAUACAGGUUUGGAAAAACUGUGGUGAGCUGUGAAGGCUAUGAUUCCUCUGAAGACCAGUAUGUACUUAGAGGUUCCUGUGGCUUGGAGUAUCAUUUAGAUUAUACAGAGAUUGGCCUGAAGAAAUUGAAAGAAUCUGGAAGACAGCAGGGCUUCUCAUUCUCUGAUUACUAUUAUAAGUACUACUCUGCAGAUUCCUGCGCCACUGGUGGAUUGGUCACAAUCGGAGUGCUGCUUACUAUUGCCUUUGUAGUUUACAAGUUGUUUCUUAGUGACGGCCAGUGUUCGCCUCCACCGUACUCUGAAUCUCCUCCAUAUUCCCAGCAUCAUCAGAGGUUCAGCGGCUCGGCAGGAGCUCCUCCCCCAGGCUUUAAGUCUGAGUUCACAGGAUCACAGAGUACUGGCCAUGGUACAGCUUCUGGUUUUGGCAGUGCUUUUGCAGGACAACAAGGAUAUGGAGAUUCGGGACCAGGGUUCUGGACUGGCCUGGGAGCUGGAGGAAUAUUAGGAUAUUUGUUCGGCAGCAGUAGGACAGCAACACCAUUUUCAAACUCAUGGUACCAGCCUUCCUAUCCUCCUCCGUAUAGCAGUCCAUGGAAUAGUCGUGCUUACUCGCCACCUCACGGAGGCCUAGGGGGCUAUUCGACAUGUUCAGGCUCGGAGACAAAAACCAGAACAGCAUCAGGAUAUGGUGGUACUAGACGACGAUAAAAAAGGAAGUUGAACACUGGAAGCAAAAUUUCUGCGUUUUCAUCACUUUCUCUUUUAAAAAAAUGCUACCUGCUAACGAGUGAGGAAGGGGAAAUAUUCAAAAGUUUUGUGUUUUGUCCUGUAUAGCUUUUUGUGUUUUAUUGUUUGUGGCUAAAAGUUGGUGUAUGAUAAAAUGCUUAUUAUAUAAUAGUAUAACAUUGCAGGUGUACAGUGCAGUUUAUGAAAGUGAUGAUUCUUGCAGAAUGCUAGAGAUUUAUUGUUUGCUUAUAAAACCUGUGAAACUAUUGGAAGCAGUACUAAUGAAAAAGUCACACCAGUACAAACUGGUGAAGAAAAUUUCAGUUUUAGGUUAUUUUAGUGGAUGAGUCUUUGUCUAAUAUCUAAUUCUUUUUGGUAUUACGUUAUUUGGUGUUUGCUAUUCUUCAAAUAUUUGAAUCAAGCUUUGGAUAACUAAUUAUGCUAAUUUGUAGGUUCUGGUCACUUUAUGAGUUCUAAAGCUCUGAACUCUUCAGUCAUGGUAGGCUUCUGGUGAAAAUUACCUUUCAUAGGUAAAUGUAGAAAAUAAGCACCUAGGAAUUUGUGAAUGACUGUGUGCUGACAAAUACUUGAAACUUCCCUGUUUCUUCAGUUCCUAUAAUGAUUGAUACAUUGUGUCAGUCUGAAAAGUUUAGAAGUUUAAGUGACUCAGUAGAGGGCCAGGGUCCUUACUUUGUAAACAUCCUGAGCAGGUAGCUUGCACACAAUAAAAGGGAAGGGAGGAGACUUGCUCUCUCUUUUGCUCUUGUUGCUUUUGCCAUCUUCUGCUUCCAAAACUGUUGCCCCUCUGCCAUGCCACCCUGCCUUGGACCAGCUGAAUAUGAACUGAAACCUCCACAAACCUGGGAGCUAAAUAAACUUUUCCCUCUGUCAUUUGGGUGUCAAGAAUUUUGUCUCAGCAACCAGAGAAAAGUAACAAGAGAGUUCCCAAGAGGUAAAGUUGAAAUGCUUCAACAAAAAAGGUCUUUUUAAUAGCAAAUGCAUGCAGUUCUCUGUGGAAUCUCAAAUAUUGUUGUAAUAGUGUUUGAAUCAAACAUUAAAAUACUAAUAAAUAAAAAAGAUAAUUCUCA